AGAAUGACUACAGUAAGUAUCAGCUGUCAAGGCUUCCAGGACCAUAUCCCAGUGAAGAGCAAAGAAAAUAACGAUCGUGCUCCAUUUUCUAUUCGGCGCAAAGUUGUGGUUUUUGUCUUUCCAGUUUAACUGCUGAUUUCGACUUAAAGUACAAUAUGUUUACCAUAUAUUUCUGCGGCAGUAUCAGAGGUGGACGCCAAGAUGCAGACCUCUACCAACGCAUCAUCAAGAAGCUGAAGAAAUAUGGCAAAGUACUUACUGAAUUUGUUGGGAGUGACGAGUUAAUGGGUGAACUUGAUGCAACAUUGGACAAUGAUGAGGUGAAAAUACAUAAUAACGACAUUGGGUGGCUAUCUACAUCAUCGGCUGUUGUUGCGGAGGUUACUCAACCAUCUUUAGGGGUGGGCUAUGAACUAGGCCGUGCUGUUGCUAUGGACAAGAAGGUCCUUUGCCUUUACAGACCUCAACCAGACAAAUUACUUUCCGCAAUGAUCCGUGGUGCUAACAACGACAAGAACUUCCUGUGCCGAGACUAUGAGGAGAAUCCGAGCUUGAUACUCUUCUCAAGAACUUUUUCCAAACUGUCGUUGGAAUCAACCCCGAAGCCGCUCAGGAAGUGAUUGAUGUGGAGCCAGAGUCAAAUGGCGAAAGCAACGAAGCUAGUAAUGAUGCUAAUGGAAGUGCAGAUGCUGCUCCCACCGAGGCUGUUGCUGAGGCACCAGAGUCGACAGAAUGAACGAAAGUGGACACUGGUCGUGCAUAAUCACCCUUUGACUUCAGUAACAUUCAACAUCAAUUUAAUCUCAUACACAUCAUCCAUUUAUAGUUAUUAUGCGAAAGGGUAAUACAUGUGACAAAAAUUGGACUCUGACUUACUGUAGGGUCAACCAAACUCAGAUAUAUAUUUCCUUUUAAUUUUUGGUUUGUUUUCCAAAGGGUCAAUUUGCAUCAGAAGAUUUCAAUGGGAGCUAUUUCAACAUGAAAAUCCAAUGUUUUAUUUACUUUUAGUUGUUGUACAGCGAUAUUCUGUAUAGAUAGACAUAGUAAUAUAAAUAUUUUAUAUAGUGCCUGUAGAU